CCCAGGCCAAGGCGAGAGGCUUUGGGCCGGGGGUCCUCAGGGUCGCGCGGAGCCUGCCGCAGGAGUGGCGAGGCCACCAGCAGAGGUUGAAUUAUUCCAGUCAUUUAUUAGCUAUUUUAUAAAGGUAAAGAGAAAAAAAAAUACGUGAUGUCUGAUGAAGUUUUUAGCACAACUUUGGCAUAUACCAAGAGUCCAAGAGUUACCAAAAGAACUACUUUCCAGGAUGAGCUAAUAAGAGCAAUUACAGCUCGCUCAGCCAGACAAAGGAGUUCUGAAUACUCAGAGGACUUUGACAGUGAUGAGAUUGUUUCCUUAGGUGAUUUUUCUGAUACCUCAGUAGAUGAAAAUUCAUUCAAGAAAAAAGUGAAUGAUUUUCACAUAUCAGACGAUGAAGAAAAGAAUUCUCCAAGACUGUCUUUUUUGAAAACCAGGAAAUCAAACAGCGACAUAACCAAAGAUGAGCCAGUUUGCACUACCAAAAAUGAUGAGGAAAUGGCACCUGAUGGUUGUGAAGACGUAGCUGUAAAUUCCUUAUCUGAAUCUCAAAAUAAAGACCAGGACAUUGAAAAAGAGAAAAUUAAAGUGAGGCCUAAACCCAGAAUUCUUCCAAUCAAAAUCUUAUCUUCAGCAGAAAACAGCAGCAGCUUUGAAACAGAUGAUCAUUUUAAACCUUCACCUCGUCCAAGGAGCAUGUUAAAAAAGAAUAGCCAUGUGGGAGAGAAAGAUAGUCUAGAGGAAGACAAAAAAACUACCCUCAAUGAAGAAUUAGAAUUGCAUUCUGCACCUUCUUCCCUUCCAAGGCUAAAUGACAGACAAUUAGAAGCUGAGAAAAAAGCAUUCUCUGAAAACUUUGCUCCUGAGGAUGCAUGCUUAACAAGUCUAUCAUCAUCAUCACUUAAAGAAAGCCUUGAAGAUUCCUUUUCACCAGGAUCUGAGGGAAAAGCAUCCAUAAAAGAUCAGAAUGAAGAAUUCACUGAAAACCAUGAAGAUUCUCUGAAAUCAGAUGAAAAAGAAGAGAAUUCAUCUUCGAUAGACUUGGUCACUACUGCUUUUGAGAAAUCUAAGGAUAGUCAAGUGACUGAUAAUGACCUUGAAGAAGAAAAGGAGAAAGCUGAGCUGAGUAUGAAUGAUGACUUAACAGUUGAUCCACUAUUACCUAAAUCUCAGAGUAUCUUAAUAUCUACCAAUGCAACAGAAUCUGCAAAGAAAACAAUCGAAGAUAGAAAUGUGAAGAAUGACAAGUCAACCAAUAAUAGAGCAUCCAGUGCAUCUGGCAGUUCUCCUUUCAUAGAAUGGUUAGAAAAGAAAAAUGUAUAUUUACAUGAAUUGCAUAGAAUAAAAAGGAUUGAAAGUGAAAACUUAAGGAUCCAAAAUGAACAGAAAAGAGCUGCUAAGAGAGAAGAAGCAUUAGCAUCAUUUGAGGCCUGGAAAGCUAUGAAAGAAAAGGAAGCAAAGAAAAUAGCUGCAAAAAAGAGGCUUGAGGAAAAAAACAAGAAGAAAACUGAAGAAGAAAACGCUGUGAGAAAAGGAGAAGCACAACAAGAAAAUAAAGAAAGGCAGGAAAGAAUUGAACGAAAACAAAAGAAACGUCAUUCCUUUCUUGAAAAUGAGGCACUGCCUCCAUGGAGCCCUCCAAGCAGAACUGUGUUCUCAAAAGUGUUUUAA